GCGCUCCCGCCCGGUCUCCAUCUUGGAAUUGGGAGGAAGAGGGAGAGGGAGACCGGGACGAGACCUGGGUUGUGGUGCGGCGAGAAGCUGAGACCGAAGAGGAGAGGGAGAGAGGGCGCCGGGCUGCCCCUAGCUACCACCUUUCGGCUCCCCGCAGGAGAGAGGGGGAGAAGGGGAGGAGGCCGGGGCGGGAGAGGGGCUGUCACCCUCCGACCCUGACGUGCGAGGGGCCAUUUGGCCGGACGUCCUAGGGGUGGGCGCCCUGUCGGCGGCCGGAGACCUGGGGCUCUGGUGCUUCAGCCCUGGAUUUCCGGGCUUGACCCCUCGUUUCUCAGAGACCCGGGUAUUAGCCCCACAGAUUGCAGGUACCCGCGGCUUGGGUCCCCACCUCUCUAAAGCUGGGGUCUUAUUUUGCAGGGCUUCCUAUAUCUGGGGUUCGGGGCCCUGCGGGCACCAGUAUCCGGGGUUUAUUCCCCACGCGAUCAGAUAUCAGGUUAGCUGCCCCCGUUCCGGUACCUGGGGUUCAGACCCCGCGGGCAGAAACCCGGGACUCCGCAGCUGUCGCCCUCGAGGAGGAGGACUGGACCGCGAGGUCAGGCCGGGCUGUCACCCCUUCCCCUCCCGGGGAGGCUUCCCGGGCCCGCCCCUCGGGGAGGGAGGCAGCCGAGGAGGAGGUGGCGAGGGGAGCGGUCUCCUUGCCCCUCUCCCAGCUUGGCGGAGCCGCUGGAGGACCCCAGGAGGAGUCGGAAGCGCUGGGGCACCAUAGUGACCCCGACCAGGUCAGGCCCCACGCUCAGGGCCCUCAGGGGCCACCAUGCCAGCUGGGAGCCGGGCUGGGAGCCUGAAGGACCCUGAUGUGGCUGAGCUCUUUUUCAAGGAUGACCCUGAAAAGCUCUUCUCUGACCUUCGGGAAAUUGGCCAUGGCAGCUUUGGAGCUGUGUACUUUGCCCGGGAUGUCCGGAAUAAUGAGGUGGUGGCCAUCAAGAAGAUGUCCUACAGUGGGAAGCAGUCUAAUGAGAAGUGGCAGGACAUCAUCAAGGAGGUUCGGUUCCUACAGAAGCUGCGGCAUCCCAAUACCAUUCAGUACCGGGGCUGUUACCUGAGGGAACACACGGCUUGGCUGGUGAUGGAGUAUUGCCUGGGCUCAGCCUCUGACCUUCUAGAAGUGCAUAAGAAGCCCCUCCAGGAGGUGGAGAUUGCAGCUGUGACCCACGGGGCCCUUCAGGGUCUGGCUUAUCUGCAUUCCCACAACAUGAUCCAUAGGGAUGUGAAGGCUGGAAACAUCCUGCUCUCAGAACCGGGCUUGGUGAAGCUGGGGGACUUCGGCUCCGCAUCCAUCAUGGCACCUGCCAACUCCUUUGUGGGCACCCCGUACUGGAUGGCUCCGGAGGUGAUCCUGGCAAUGGAUGAAGGGCAGUAUGACGGCAAGGUGGAUGUCUGGUCACUGGGGAUAACGUGCAUCGAACUGGCGGAACGGAAACCACCACUGUUUAACAUGAAUGCGAUGAGUGCCUUAUACCACAUUGCACAGAAUGAGUCCCCUGUGCUCCAGUCAGGACACUGGUCUGAGUACUUCCGGAAUUUUGUCGAUUCCUGUCUUCAGAAAAUCCCUCAAGACAGACCAACCUCAGAGGUUCUUCUGAAGCACCGCUUUGUGCUCCGGGAGCGGCCACCCACAGUCAUUAUGGACCUGAUUCAGAGGACCAAGGAUGCUGUGCGGGAGCUGGACAACCUGCAGUACCGCAAGAUGAAGAAGAUUCUCUUCCAAGAGGCACCCAAUGGCCCUGGUGCUGAAGCCCCAGAGGAGGAGGAGCCUACGCCCUGUCUGCAGGAGGCGGAGCCCUACAUGCACCGAGCUGGGACGCUGACCAGUCUAGAGAGUAGCCACUCAGUGCCCAGUAUGUCCAUCAGCGCCUCUAGUCAGAGCAGCUCAGUCAACAGCCUAGCAGAUGCUUCAGACAACGAGGAGGAGGAAGAGGAAGAGGAAGAGGAGGAAGAAGAGGAGGAAGGCCCUGAAGCCCGGGAGAUGGCCAUGAUGCAGGAAGGGGAGCACACAGUCACCUCCCACAGUUCCAUCAUCCACCGGCUGCCGGGCUCUGACAACCUAUAUGAUGACCCCUACCAGCCAGAACUGACCCAGGGCCCUCUCCAGCAGCCUGCAGCCCCAGCUCCCACUUCUACCACUUCUUCUGCCCGCCGCCGGGCCUACUGCCGCAACCGGGACCACUUUGCCACCAUCCGCACUGCUUCCCUGGUCAGCCGUCAGAUCCAGGAGCAUGAGCAGGACUCAGCUCUGAGGGAGCAGCUAAGUGGCUAUAAGCGGAUGCGACGGCAGCACCAGAAACAGCUGUUGGCCCUGGAGUCACGACUGAGGGGUGAACGCGAGGAGCAUAGUGCACGGCUGCAGCGAGAACUUGAGGCCCAGCGAGCUGGCUUCGGGGCUGAGGCAGAAAAGCUGUCCCGGCGGCACCAGGCCAUCGGGGAGAAGGAGGCACGAGCUGCCCAGGCUGAGGAACGAAAGUUCCAGCAGCACAUCCUUGGGCAGCAGAAGAAGGAGCUGGCUGCCCUGCUGGAGGCGCAGAAGCGAACCUACAAACUUCGGAAGGAGCAGCUAAAGGAGGAGCUUCAGGAGAACCCCAGCACACCCAAGCGGGAGAAGGCUGAGUGGCUUUUGCGGCAGAAGGAGCAGCUACAGCAGUGCCAGGCGGAAGAGGAGGCAGGGCUGCUACGAAGGCAGCGCCAAUACUUUGAGUUGCAGUGUCGCCAAUAUAAGCGCAAAAUGCUGCUGGCUCGUCAUAGCCUGGACCAGGAUCUGCUGCGAGAGGACUUGAACAAGAAACAAACACAGAAGGACUUGGAGUGUGCAUUGCUGCUGCGGCAGCAUGAGGCCACACGGGAGCUUGAGCUGAGACAGCUCCAGGCUGUCCAGCGCACAAGGGCAGAGCUCACCCGCCUGCAGCACCAGACAGAGCUGGGCAACCAGCUGGAGUACAAUAAGCGGCGUGAGCAAGAGUUGCGGCAGAAGCAUGCAGCCCAGGUUCGCCAGCAGCCCAAGAGCCUCAAAGUACGUGCAGGCCAGCGUCCCCCGGCCCUCCCGCUCCCCAUUCCUGGGGCUCUGGGACCACCCAGCACAGGCACCCCUAGAGAAGAGCAUCCCUGCUCAUCUGGCCAGGAGGCAGUCUUUGACCAAAGAAUUCUGGGAGAGGAGGAGCAAGCAAUUCCAGAGAGAAGGAUUCCGGGAAAGGAAGGGGCCACCUUGGAACCAGAGGAGCAGAGGAUUUUGGGGGAAGAAUCAGGAACCCCUAGUCCCAAUCCACAAAAACAUAGGUGUUUGGUUGGUGAGGAAGUUUGGGGUCUUACUGAGGAGGAGAUAGAGGAGCUAAGAGUCCCAUCCCUGACACCUCAGGAGAGGAACAUUGUGGGCCAGGAGUUGGCUGAGGCGUGGAUGUUGUGGGAGAAGGAGGAUAGGAGCCUCUUGGAUGAGGAAUUUGAGCUUGGCUGGGUCCAGGGCCCAGCUCUGACCCCAGUCCCUGAGGAGGAGGAAGAGGAAGAAGAGGAGGAGGGGGCUCCUUUUAGGACUCCGAGGGAUCCUGGAGAUGGCUGUCCCUCACCAGACAUCCCCCCUGAACCCCCUCCAACAUAUCUGAGACCUGGCCCUGCUAGCCAGCUCCCUGGACUCCUGUCCCAUGGCCUCCUGGCCGGCCUCUCUUUUGCAGUGGGGUCCUCCUCUGGCCUCCUGCCCCUACUACUUCUGCUGCUGCUCCCUCUGCUGGCCGCCCAGGGUGGGGGUGGCUUGCAGGCCUCGCUGCUAGCCCUUGAGGUGGGGCUGGUGGGCCUGGGGGCCUCCUACCUACUUCUUUGUACAGCUCUGCAUCUGCCCCCCAGUCUGUUCUUACUCCUUGCCCAGGCCACUGCACUGGGGGCUAUCCUGGGUCUGAGCUGGUGCCGGGGCCUUAUAGGUGUCCCUCUGGGCCUUGGGGCCGCCUGGCUGCUAGCCUGGCCAGGCCUGGUUCUACCACUGGCAGCUAUGGCAGCUGGGGGCAAAUGGGUGCAGCAGCAGGGACCUCAGAUUCGCCGGGGCAUCUCUCGGCUCUGGUUACGGGCUCUGCUGCGCCUAUCCCCCCUGGCCUUUAGGGCCCUACAGGGUUGUGGGGCUGUGGGGGACCGGGGUCUGUUUGCCCUCUACCCCAAGACCAACAAGGAUGGCUUCCGCAGUCGACUGCCUGUCCCUGGGCCUCGGCGGAGUAAUUCCCGGGCUUCCCGACGCCCACUAGCCCUAUUGGCAAGGUUUUGGGCCCUGUGUAAGGGCUGGAAUGGACACCUGGCACGGGCCAGCCAAGGUUUGGCCUCCCGCUUACCUCCCUGGGCGAUCCACACACUGGCCAGCUGGGGCCUCCUUCGAGUUGAACGGCCCAGCCGUAUUCCCCGACUGCUGCCUCGCAGCCAGCGCAGGCGAGGGCCCCCUGCCUCUCACCAACCACCACCUGGGACUCUAGCUGGGCGCAAGUCCCGAACCCGUCAGUCCCGGGCCCUGCCUCCCUGGAGGUGACCAACUCCGGUGUUUCCUCAGCCCGAAUCUAGAGCACUUUAUCUCCCACUACUCAGCGAAGAUUUUGCAGUCCCAGUCCUCCCUUUCACCCCUCCUUCCUCGGUGUGCUCCCUCCACCUCCAGCCCUUGGACCUCUAGGCAGGCAGCCCCUCUGCUAGAGCUCAGAGUUACACUUUGUGUUCUCCUGAGGCUCCUCCCCACCCUAAGUUAUUGCUGUUCUCCGGCUGUGUGUGUACUCAUCCUCACCCUCAUCGACUCAGGCCUGGGGCCAGGUGUGGUGGUGGGUGGAAAGAGUCAUGUGUUUUUUUUUCUCUCUUUGAUUUUGUUUUUCUGUCUCCCUUCCAACCUAUCCCCUUCCCCCCAUCAAAAAAAGAAAAAGACAAACACAAAUAAAAUAUCUAAGCGGAACUAUACCUUUGG